ACAGCCUGCAGCGGGGCCAACGAGCGCACCUUCGUGGCCAUCAAACCGGAUGGGGUCCAGCGGCACCUGGUCGGGGAGAUCAUUCGACGGUUCGAGAGGAAGGGCCUGCAGCUGGUGGGGCUGAAGCUCCUGCAGGCCUCAGAGGAGCUGCUGAAAGAGCACUACAUCGCCCUUCGUGACCGUCCCUUCUACAGCCGGCUGGUGAAGUACAUGAGCUCUGGACCUGUGGUGGCCAUGGUCUGGCAGGGCCUGGAUGUGGUCAAAACAGUUCGCACAAUGAUUGGGGAGACUAACCCAGCUGAAUCCAGGCCUGGCACUAUCCGAGGAGACUUCUGCGUUGAAGUCAGCAAGAAUGUGAUCCACGGCAGCGACUCGGUUGAGAGUGCCCGGCAGGAGAUCUCCCUCUGGUUCCGCCCGGAGGAGCUGACUUGCUGGGAGGACACUGCUGAGCACUGGAUCUACGCAUGA